AUAAACACCACUGUUGUCAUAAGUCCACAGUAUAGGCCAGCAGAAGUCGUGGUUAAACAGGUGCGUUGCAAAUCACAAACGAUUUGACUUAAACAAGAUCGAAAUGCUCCAGUCAGUCUUUCUGUAAGGAAAGGGAGACGGCGUCGAAGCAAGUGUAAAGAAAGCGUGCUGACCACAAGUAGGUCAGAUGUAAGACAUCCACCCCAGACAACCAACCAUCCAUUGCAGGGAUACAUCUAAAAACACAUCCGGAAAAAAAAUCAUGCAAGGUCUCGGUGGAGUACAUGGCAAAACUAAACAAAAAUCCGAUUUGCUCAACAUUUUGCAGAUUAAGAAAUUAUGCAAGAACAGAAUGCGAUUGAUUAAGACGUUAAGCGUUUUUGUGUUUACUUUCACGUUACUGUCAGGACUACCUUUUAUUGAUGUAACAAAUUUCAGGGCUUAUUUCCAAAUUAGGCGCACGGCUGGCCUUCACAAUAACUUAGCAAAGUUUUAUCAAGUCUGGAAUGACAGCAUUACCUCUGGGACCAACGACCAUCGAAAGGCAAGAAAGGUUGUUCUUUGGACACAGUUUUUUGGUAAACCGUAUGAAAUUAAACGAUUAACUUGUCCCUCCUUAAAAUCAUGCAUCUUCACAACCGACCGUAAGCAAGUUAAAGAUGCUGACGCAGUUGUUUUCCACUUUUGGGAUACACCGAAGGUUUACAACAGAUCAUUUAUGCCGAGGAUACGACUCCCUCAUCAAUAUUGGAUAUGGUAUGCGAAGGAAAGUCCAGAAAACAAUCGAUACGUCGAUCUCAUCUCCUACAGCGGUAUCUACAACUGGACAAUGACUUACAGAAACGACUCGGACGUCCCCGGUCCCCCUGGAUCUCUUUAUAAAAGCUAUAACUUAUUGAAGAAAGGGCGGAUAAAGGAAAAUUCGACUGAAAAGAAAGGUACUGUGGUAUGGUUCGUCAGUAAAUGCUACAAAUUUUUCCAUCGGCAUAUCUACGCUAAAGAACUAUCAAAGCAUAUAAAAAUUGACGUUUUUGGUGGUUGUGGUAGGCGUGUCUGUAGUCGUACCAACGGGACUUGCAUGUCUGCUACAAUUCAGCAGUACAAAUUCUACCUAGCAUUUGAAAGUUACAGGUGCAAAGAAUAUAUCACUGAGAAAUUCUGGCAUAAUGCUCUGGUCAACGGUGUUGUGCCCAUAGUGAUAGGUCCACCGAAAAGUGACUAUGAAAAAUUUACCCCUCCAAAUAGCUUUAUCCACGUUGAUGAUUUUGAAUCACCAGAGUCUUUGGCUCGAUACAUAAAGAUGCUUGAUAAAAAUGACGAUCUAUACAACCGGUUCUUCAUUUGGAGAACUAAUCCCCCUAAAGCCAUCCCAAAGAUCCCAGGCCAAUGGUGUGUUCUUUGUGAAAAGCUAUUUAACACUAGCCCGACUGAAAACAAAGUUUAUACAGACCUGGAGAGGUGGUGGAAAGGCGAAAAUUAUGAGUUCUGCCAGCCUCUUGUAUUGAAAGAAAAUAUAUUUGACGGUUUAAACCUAGUUCAUUACGAUUAAAGCUUCAUUAAGUCUUAAAUCUAAAAAGACCUUUCAAAAGAUACAAUGUAUAUAGUUACAUUGUUGCUAAAAUAAAGCCAUAAAAAGUUAGAAAAACGUCAAAACUAUGGUAUGACAUCCACGGUUGCAUUGCAAAGUAUUGGACUAAUAAUUCGCCGACCUUUUAAACAAAAUGACGGCUUAAACUCUUUAUGAUUUUUUAAAAAAAGAAUCUUGUAUCUGCCAAGAACACUAAAAGUUGGCAUUCAACGAUGCUAUGAGAAAACGAUUUUAAACCGAUACAAGUUGACAGUUUGCCCAUGUUCUGAAAUCUUUGAUCGGGCUGGAACAUAUCGAUGACAAAGUUCUUCUCCUGACAACACUCAUUAUCCUUAGUAUCGAAAGGUAUAGAGGUACCUAAUCAUUUACGCAUGCACACGAAUGGUAGGAAUUAACUGUUUCUGGUUAAGUUGGUGGUGUAACAAGGAAAAAAUGACUUUAAGCGUUUGGAUCUAGAUAAAGACCGUACUAUUGGCUUCACAGACACAAAAUUAAAUCUACGAAAGGAUUCGGGGUUAGAGUCAGGGAAAGUGUGGUUACAAUACGACUCAAACGUUGGGACGAGUAAAACGUCCAAAUUGUUCCUGUUAGUUGACACAGAUCUUAAUGCCCAAGAAAACAUCGACAAAGCUAAUCUCAAAGUCUACGGGGACAACUUUAUGAUCUGGGGACUCUUCUGUGAAGAAAUUGGCUAAAAGCCGAAGACAACCUUUGUUUAUAUUUCCAUGAUGCCCGGAGUGGAUAUACCCGUAUAAAACCAAGACUCAGUUGAUAUGAUAGCCUUUAACACGCGAGGCCAGCCACACCCGACACCUGAAAAAAGAAUGCAGAACGAUUCCAGGUCACUGUAGGUACUUUUCCAUCAUCCAGUUAAGGAAUUCCGAAACCUGCUCGUGACUUACACACCAAAUCCGUUCCUACAAAACCACCCCUCCUCCUACCACUGAUGCCCCCACAUUUGGACGUUCGGAACUCGUGCAAGAAAUCCCUGCCCGUGACAAGUCCUCCUGAUUCAACCGGUACCUGUGUUAAUAUCCGCUACUGCGCCACGAACAGACUAAACAAUCACAAGGAAUCCAGACUGUCGGUGGGAAAAUAGCAACGGGCCAAACAAGACUCUCUAGACUGAGAAAACAUGUGAUAGUCUUUGAAAUGACGUCUACAUUAGUCCUGUUGUUCCCAAUUCCAGUUUUUUAAAAAGAAUGUUGAAAGCAAUUAACUAACAGCCAAACUGGUAGCAGCACUAAAUCUGUAAAUGGAAAAAGGAAAAAGCACAGGGUCUUGCUGUCCCAUUGUUCUAUAUUUAAACGCCCGCAUUGUCAAGCCAGUUAACAAGAAAUACAACAAACUCGUAUGCUUUCAAAAUCUUGUUUCUACUGUGCAACCUGACAUCAAUUGACUGAAAACCUAGCUAGCCCCUUGUGUAGCCGACCAAGAGAUUCUGCCCCAGGAUUACAUCGUUCAUUGGAAAGACAGAAGCGUCAACAAGCCUGUAGUGAAAGGUGGCGUUGUAUGGUUAGCUGUUACCACUGCACGAAAACAAGAAUUUCUGGCAAUUUUUGGUGUCUUACACUACCGUGGAACUUGACAUGUCCAGGUCGUAUAAAGGAAUUUCUAGCCACGGUGUGUCCGGUGCCGAAUACCCCCAAUCAUUGCGGUACCUGCACAUUGCAUGUCUUGAGAAGUGGUUAAGUGAAGGGGUAGUGUGUAUUCAAGUGAUAAUUUCUAUCAAUGCUUUUUAAAAGAAAAUAGUACGGAAAACAGUAUACAGUAUCCAUGGAAUUAUUUCGCUAUGUGGCGCGCUACCAAACACCUGUUUGUUUUGGGGCUCCGAUACUUGGGUCUACAAAAACGUAUUUUUGUGCUUUUAAGUGAACAUCAGUCUUCAAUCGUCAUGGGGGGGUAUUGCCUGAAGUAUCUAAAGCGUAUAGGACCAGAGAUUGUUGCAAUUUGACGUCCUGUUUCUUAAUUUUCGUUGAAAUUCUCCAACCGUUUGUUUGUGUGGGAGGACGGCGUCGCUUUCCGCCUUUGUUCUGCUCCAAGUGACGCUGGUUUCCUGGAUCUGCUGUUUGGGAUCAAGAACGCAGAAAAAUGGCUUGUACCUCACAACUUUGCUUGGAUCUAAAAGCAAAGAUCCUACAACGAUUGUCCGCAUUUGAACGCCAUCCAAACAACCCGGCAUGGCAGGCUGAUAGGUUUGCUGAAAUAGUGCCGAACAACAACCCUACCAACACGGAAGCACUGAAGGAAGUCCGACAGAAACUGUUUGUACAGUUUGAAGGACUCCCAAUCAAGUCGGAUUCACUCGUUAACGGAAGGUUAGUAAGACGUAACAAAAACACUUCUCAACGCUUUACCUUGAUAAAGGAUAUUGUAGCCCUGUUUAACCACAUCAAACAUGGCGACGUGUCGAGAGAACUCCUUGACUGUAUACGUCCUAACCAUGACUCCUGCAUGCUCAGCCAUACAAGCGACAGUAACGAUACACAGUCACUCGUAGAGGACAAUAAUAUAGUUAACGACCCACCCAAAAAAGUCAAAGUCAAGAACUUUCCGAAAAGAGUUGUGACAUUGUGUUUUCAUGUGAAGAACCCACUCAACAUGUACUGCCAUGCAAAUCACUCCCAAAAGUUGUCAGGAGGCUGACUGAUACGACACAGCAAAUACAAGCAGAGUUGAACACCCUUAAGAACAGUAGAAACUUUGAUCUGUGGCCAAUGGGAACGAAGAUCUCAUUACGGAAGUGCAAAGGCUUUGAGACGAAAACGCUUCCCUUGUACAGAUUAUACAGGAGUUGACACUACAAAACUCUGAGGCGUGGAAAUCGCAAAUGAGAAGAUGCACAGUACACAACGAGGAUGUAAACAAAAAUGAUGUAAACAAAGCACAACACCACGUGAUCAGAAUCUCUAAUCGGUUUCCACCUCUCGAGUCCUUCAUCGAGGAUGAGGCUAACUUCCACAGUGAGAGUGACCUGUUGAAUCGAGGAACCCGACAGUCUCCAGCCAGGCAACAGAUUGAGACUUACAGAAAACAAGUAAGUUCUACAGUGGAAGACUUGCAGAAAGUGCCGUCAUCAUUGGAGAAUCAAUGAUCAAGCACUUAAAGGGAAACAAGAUGUCAAGGAGGAAGAAUGUCAAAUGCUUUACUCACCGAGGGGCUCGUUUAGAACAGCUCGUUCCAUCCGCCGAGAGGAUCAUCGAAAAAGAAGAUCCGAGCACUGUCAUUCUCCAUGCCGGCACUAACAUCAAUAGAGACCCUGCUAACCUGGUGACUGACAAGGCGUACCACCUGGCAUCGUCACUACAGCAACGCGGCGUGCCGGGCAUUGCAAUCUCCAGUGUGAUCAUGCGGACCAACGGAGACCGGGAAUGGACCCAAGAAGUCAACAACGGUUUGUCACAGAUUUGUUCUAACAACGGCUGGUACUUCAUCAACAACAACAACAUCGGUCUGCGCCAUAUUUGUCACGAUGGGGUCCACCUGGACAGAAAUGGCACCGUCCAACUUGCGAAGAACCUGAUCACCUUCCUGAGAGCUGACCGCCCAGCCAGCACAGUUCGCGCCGACACCUCGUUUGCCGACGCCGUCAGAGCUCCACCACGACUGGGUUUUCGGGGACGGAACCCCCAAGGACCAUAUGAGAAUGGGAUCUUGACGUGGGAUAACUACCAUCAACACCAUGACGUGGCGAGGGUUCCUAAAGCACUUCGACUGAUCGACAGCCAGCUGAUGAAAAGUGGAGGGAUCUUAUGUUUGGACUCCGACUUCCCGGACAGCGUGAUGAUCUCCGUCUUUCUGAUGGACUACCUUGUAGAAAUGUCUCAGUAUGAGCUAGUUAACCUCGACAAGUGUUUCUGAAGUUUAAAAAAAUUAUUCAGAAAGAAAAUGUUAUAUCUUACUUAAUCAUUGUUUACUAUCAGUUUAUUCCACAUUGAAAUAAUGAAAUUAUGCUUAAUAAUGCUUCAUUCUACAAUUAUAUUUCACAUUUU